AUGACAGUCAGUGUUAAGAUACUUGUGUUACUCCUUGGAAUUGGUCUGUCUCAGGCGCGUCUAGUUCGGGUUCAGGGUUUGGGUCGUAGCGCGGGUUCGGAGAACAAUGCAGAUGAAAAUGCUCCACAACUGGUGCUCUACGCUCCCGGGGAACAGCUGAAGCAGGAAAGCCGAAAUGAGCCCAGUUUCAAUGAGCCGCAGAUAGUGGAACCGGAGUCUGAUAAGGACAGCCGUAAGGUGCCUGACUAUCUGUAUUCCAAUUCGAUACCCAUGCUCAGCGAACCCAACGUAAAGUAUCGUCUGCCCCAGUUGACUGCCUAUCCCCUGGCCUAUGGACAACAAAUUAUCACCAAUACAAACAGAAGUCCCAAUAACAACAAUAAUCUAGGCUUAGAUAGCAUACCAUAUGUGGUGGUGCCCCGUGUCCAGCUGGGCUUUAAUGUGCAGGGCCAAACAGGUCUUAACUGGCCUGGCUUUAAUCUGUUGCCUGCCAAGCAGCCAGGCGAACCACCCGAACAGAAGGAAGAAACACAAACUGCCUAUAUUCCGAUACCAGUGCCAGGUCCACCAGGUCCACCGGGUCCACCGGGUCCACCGGGUCCUCCAGGACCGCGCGGACUAACCGGACCAAUGGGGCCACGAGGCAGGGAUGGUCCACGCGGACCACCCGGAAAUGCAGGUAUUACAUCACAGACGCCACAGAGUAUUUGGUAUGCCCAAAGCAAUAGCAAUAUCAAUGGGAAUAAGCCGCAAUAUGAACAUUUCUCGAAUGGUUAUCAAAACUAA